AUGAACUUGGUACUGGCUUAUUGCCGUUGGUUUCAAGGAUUAGUGGAGACGAUUGGAGGCAGUGUCAGGAAGAGGAAAGAUGGGUUUUCAUUGAGAAGUGCAGAUAAUCAAGGAGAGUUGGGUUUCAUUCAGAUUCGAAAAUGCAGAGAAGAGCUUGAGCUUAAAGAUGGAAAUACAGGGGAGAAGAAUCUUAAAAAGGAGAUCACCUUUUACAAAAGUCCAAACAAAAAGACGAAUCUAUCAUUCCCAUUGCUUUCCCUGUCUUCAAUCUUCAUUGUUUUUCUUGUUCUCAACUCAUUUGGUCAUGGUGCAAAUGGUGAUUUAAUCAGUAUUUUAUGUAAGAAUGCAUCAACUAGGGAUCCCCAACUCAAGUAUGAUUUCUGUGUUGCAUCUCUUUCAGCAAACCCUGCAAGUAAACCUGCUCGUGAUCUUGUAGAACUUGGAGUAAUAUCAAUGCGAACAUGUCUAAAAAAAGCAAGAUCUAUUCAUUCUUAUAUUGCUCAAAUUUUGGAAGAUGGGAAAGAAGUACCAGCAGCAAAGCCAUGUUUAGAAGAUUGUUUAGAUCUUUACUCGGAUGCACCUGAUUCUAUUCCAAAGGCUGUCCAGUACUUUAAGGAUAAAGACUAUAGCAGUGCUAAUAUAGAAAUGAGUGCUGCCAUGGAUGCUUCGGUUACUUGUGAAGAUGGGUUUACGGAAGUUGUUAGUCAACAUUUGAUUUCUCCAUUGACCAAACAAGAUGGUGACUUUUUUCAGCUAACUGCUAUUUCUCUUGCCAUUACUAAUAUGGUUUAG